AAUGACAGAACGUUACAUAAGUUAGGUAAUUGUGUGAUUCAUUUUAAGAAUAAAACAUGUCAAUAAAAACAUUUCUGUCGUUGGCUAAAACCACAUUACGUUUUAUUGUUAAAACCAGAACUUUCUCGGUUAUUAAAGCUAUGAUUCCGGCCCUAGAAUGGUGGGCUUACGUAAUAGUAGCGUUAUCCAUUUUUGUGUGCUGCUUAUUCGUGAACUAUAUUAUUAUUAUCAAACUAAUUAACGAUGCAAGAUCGUCUGAACAUUUGAAGCGUGCUAGUGAUGAAGAUGAAGCAAAUAAAACACUGAAUAUUUUAUCUGAGAAUGCGUUCGAUAAACAGGACAAUCCUAAUCCGAUUUCGUUGGCUUGAAAAGUGAAUAUUAUUUUACAAAAACAACAUGUUACAAUAAUAUUAAAACGUCACCGCUUUUAUAA